AGCUGGAUCGUGGCACUAUAGCCUCAUUAUCCAGUAGUUAUCGGUUAUUAACAUAACAUUUCAAGUAUGGCUGGACUGAAGGUAAGGACACUAAUUCGUUUUAUUUUUAAUGGAAAUAAAAUCCGGGAGAAGAUCAAAUGAAUGCGGUCUGCUAACUGUCGAGUGACUACGGGCAGACGGCACGCGCUCUUCAACUCAAACGCUCUCGAGCUUCGGUACCGCUGGAUGUCGGUGAAACGUUUUAUCAGGCUGGAGAGGAACAUUAUUUUACCGCAGUUCCUGCUGUACGUAAGAAAUUGGAACGAAAUAAUGUGUAGGUUUUCGCAAACGAGAUACAUGUGAACGAUGGUUGAGUGAGACGGUCAUGUGGUGUGGAAGUAAGAAGAGAAACAGACAUCGGAAUGCCACAGGCUGUCUCGCUGCUGCCCUUCCUUCUUGUGCUCAUAGGAUAUGCUUUUGCAGGGCUCAGUAUUUGGCCCUCUUUCCAUGUGGCCCUUAGCAAUGGGAGUGUAUUUGUGGACUUUAGCACAAAAUCAAAUAACAACACCAUCACCAACAUGAGCCUCUCUCUAGUCAACAUGGAAACCAAUACUUCAAUUCUUUCACGGACCCUCCCCAGCAACCAACUGGUUGGUAGGGAGGAGUUUGAUUGUUCCUGCUUCCUGUACGCAGGAACUUUCCGGUUCCUGCUGAGGCAGACAAGCAUCACCACUGUUUUUCAUGCUAACAGAACAGAUGUCAGCAGCACAGAAAGCUCAGCCUCCUGGUGGAGCUCUGAACUGCAAGUGCAGUGGCCCACUUUUCACAUUUCAGUGGAGAAAGCAGGAAACCACUCUGAAUAUUUUCAGGUUGUGUUAUCCACUAAUGAACACUUUCAGGCUUGCUCCAGAGGCACUGACUCUGCCCUCUUCUUAGAAGUGAGUUAUAUGGAGUACAACCAGAUCGGACGAAGUACCAUUGACAAAGUUCGAGCUCAAACACGGAAACCGAUCAAGCCGCUUCGUUCGCAGAGUGUAGAGCUGCACUGUGCUUUCCCGUUUACUGAGAGAGACUUCUUAAGAGUGGCUCUGCGAUCCCCUCACACAGUACAAGAAGUGAAGAGCCCUGUUCCUCUCUAUCUGUCCCGUAUUUUCUCCUACAAACUACUGGUGGAAAAUGCCAAUGCUUAUAAAAAUGGUUGCAUGGGCACAAUGACUGUUAAGAUGAUAUCCCCACCUUGCACUCAUGCCAAUGGCAAAAUACUGCUAUAUAAUGCAGGCCUCGCAAGGGGGGGUGACUUAACUUCCCUGUCGAUGGAGUUUAGACCAGAGGAACAAUCUUCUUCUGUGCUUGCAUCUAAUUGGCUCACACAAGGGGAGAAUGAGGCUGAAUUCAACUGCUCUGUUUUUUACCCAGGAAGAAAUAAGUAUUGCUUCCGCUUUGUUUUCAACUUCAGCCAAUCCCCUAGUCCAGCACAGACAUGUCUGGUGGUUUACAGAACAGCAGAAUCUUGGGGACCCUGGCACCCAUGGAGUGUUUGCAGUGCGACUUGUGGAGAGGCAGUGAGGGAAAGAGUUCGAGAGUGUUUGCUGCCCUCUGGUGUGCGAGGCACGCAGUGCAUUGGCAUGAUGAAGGAGCAAUCUUUAUGUUCGCUGGAAGACUGUGACAUGUUAUCUUCUCCUUCUCCAUCUCUUCCCUCUGUACCUGUGGAAGCAUCCCCGCUUGGUGGAAACAUGAUUGUGGUGUUGGGUAUUUCCCUUUGCUUGGCAGUGAUCAUGGCAACAGUUGUGGUGACUGUGUGGAGAAAGCUUUGCCAAACCCCUCAGUGUAGCUCAGUCCACAGAGGCUCCAUUCAUUCCCCUGGUGGGCGCAAACUUUCAGAUGAGGCCUCCAUCUGUGGCCAUAGCCUCCAAAGGCCCAGCCUCUCUGACGGUCAUUGCCCAUCUGGGGCAGUCGGUCCCCAAAAAGAGAGACCCUCGCUCGGAGCGCAGCCUCUCUCACCACAGGCACUGGUGAAAUCACUUUCACAGGAUUCAGAAAGACUAUCUCCCACAGGUCAGAAGGUGCUACCACCGAUAUUUGGCUAUCGUUUGGCUCAGCAACAGCUGAAAGAGAUGAAGAAGCAAGGGUUAAAAGAGGCCACACAGCUGUACCAUGUCUCUUCAAGUCCUGUCCAUGAUACUGUGGUAGAGACCUGCACCUCACCCACAACCUCACCAAUUCCUUCACCUACUGAGUUUGCUUGUUCUGCCCUUCCCUUGGGUUUGCAGGACAAUGUCAACCACAACCAUUUUUGUACAUCGACUCCCUUAUCUGGGACAUUGGGGGUCACGUCAGACAGACUGAGUCCAAGGGUCGAGAUAGUUUUGGGUCCUCCUCCUGUCUCUGGGAGGAGCUCUAAAUGGCGUGACCGCACAGCUGACUGGGUGGAGAUGGUAGAGAGGAGCAAAAUGCCUGGUCUUAGGAGAGAAGGAGAUGAAGCAUCGGCAAAUAGUUUCCACAAGAAUCCAAACUUCAGACGGACCUCCAGUUUUAGUGACACCAAACUUCUUUCGACUUCUUCAGCUCAGUCCACGCAGUUUAGAGAAAGGAGCAUGACCCAGGUGGGAUCGCGGACGCUUCCAGAAGGAAGUUCUUGGACCAAAGGAAGAUGGGAGAGACAGCCUCACCCGUCUUACCCCAUCCCAGAACACAGAGUCUCAGACUGGAGUGCUACCAAACCCCAGAGUAAUGAGCAGAGGAAGGUUUGGAUGGGGACAACACAUAAUAGUCAAGUCAAGCACACUGGAACAAACACUAACAGUAUUUCAAUAUCUGAGAAAAAUGCUAAAGACUUUCGUGGCAGAGGGGAAAGAAAGAGGCUUGCAGACCCUGAAGGCAGAGGUGGAGAGUUGGUCUCAGGGAUCGGCGGUCCAUCCCUUACACAUCCUUUAUCUCAUGAGGUCAAUCAGCUGGGUGUAGACCGAGCUGAGCGGGCUGAGCAGAACUGGAACCGCCGUGGUCCAUCACCUAUCCAAAGGAACAUUCUGGCCCGGAAACUGAAAGAGGCUCAGUCCUGCUCUGGAGCCAAGGGACGCCAGCGCAGCUCCAGCUUCAACGUCUCAUCAUCUGAUCGAAGGAAAGAUUGGUGCAACUCUUUGCCAAUGUCUAGAGACCAGAGCAGCAGCGGUGGCUCCCCCUAUAGGCUAAGUGAGGCGGAACAAAGGAUGCUAGACUUGGAUCUAACCCCAGUUUUUGUACAGGAGAAGCAGUAGAAAAUCAGUUAUUAUUACAAUAUUAUGUUAACAAUUUUUAUAUGUUGAAAGAACAAAUAGAACAACUAACUCUUUAACAUUUUUAAUGCAUUACUUUUAAUAUUUCCAUGGUAUCAUGAGCACAUUCACCCUUCUGAAAGGUUAAACACCAGCUAGAUUGGUGAUAGAUUUCAAGAUGCAAUAAAAAAAUGGUUUAUGUCAACUCUAAAUCUACAGUUUCAGCAAUGCUGGGAAGUCUCAAUGCUUAUUACAGUAACAAUUGGGGUGUUUUCUGUUGUUCAGGCAGGAAUUUAUUAUUCUAAUUUGUGUAGUAGUACAUAUGCAGUAUUAAACUGCAAUUGUGUUCAACAA